AUGGACGAUUUAGUCUGUUCUAACGACCCUUUACACCCUGCAAAUCUUAUACCUGAGUUAUGUAGGUUGUUCUAUAACUUGGGUUGGGUUACCGGAACUGGUGGUGGAAUUUCAAUUCGCCAAGGGGAGCAUGUGUAUAUAGCACCCUCAGGUGUUCAAAAAGAACGAAUUCAGCCAUUUGACUUGUUUGUACUCGAGCUUUCAACUCGUAAAAUUCUUCGAGCUCCGGAAGUAUACCGUCCUUCAGCCUGCACUCCGUUAUUUUACAAUUCUUAUACGUUGCGUAAUGCUGGAUCAUGUAUACACACUCAUUCCCAACAGGCAGUGAUGGCUACAUUAUUAUAUACUGGUAGUACUUUCGAGAUAACACAUCAAGAGAUGAUUAAGGGGAUUAGGCGUGGUAGUAAAAAAGAAAAUUUCCGUUAUUAUGAUACGUUGGUGGUACCUAUCAUAGAAAAUACAGCGGAGGAAGAAGAUUUGACUGAUAGAAUGGCUCAGGUGAUGGAAGAAUAUCCGGAAACAAAUGCUGUCCUUGUUCGACGUCAUGGUGUUUAUGUUUGGGGAGAAACGUGGGAGAAAGCAAAAGCCAUGACUGAAUGUUAUGAUUACUUAUUCGAGAUAGCUGUCAAGAUGAAAAAUGCUGGUUUGGAUCCAGCCGCCAAACCGACUGAAUAG